AUGACCUGUUCUUUAAAAGACUUUGGAAGUCCUCUAAAGCUGACAACGAGCUCCGACUCCCCCAAGUGUAUCUGCUUCAGGCAAUCAAUGAGGACCGCGAUGGUUACUUGUGCAGCUCUCUGUCCCCGUGUCUCUCUUCUGACUAACUAGAUAUUAUAGUACAUUUCAACUUUUUAUACAGGCACACAGGAAAAGGGAAGUUUUGGAUUUUUUUUUUUUUUUUUUUUUUUUUUUUUUUUAAUGACAUCUCACCUCUUGUUUUCUGUAAUAAAUAUGAGGUCGGUUUGCUGACACUUUCCUUUGGAAUUUAAUAGUCUAUGUGCCAUUACUUACUCUCUUUUACGGGUAGGGAAGGAAACAACAAAAAGGUGUGACAAGAGCUUGGCGGACAACUGUGGAUUUCUGCAAGUAACUCCUACCGUCCAAAGGGGGAUGCGGGGGCAUCGGCCGGACCCCCCUCUUGAUUGAUUACUUAUUAGUCAUCCCUUUGGCUAAAUGGGACCCAUUGAAAAGGCACCGUGGAACACAUACAUGAAUGAAAUAUUCCUGUGUCCCCUGAAUGUCUCCAGAGUAGUUUUGCUUAAGAGAGGGGGUCGUGGCUUAGCAUUAUAAAGAGGGAAAAACAGCAUAGCUUUAUGGGUUUAUUUAGACAGUUUCUACGGUUUGACAUUCUACCGCUGUAAAAAGGGAGAAGGAAAAACUCGAGAGGAUCCCAAAGAGAAGAACAUUGUGGACAUAUUUUUUGUAGUUAUUCCACUGUUUCUUUUAUUAUUUUUUCCUCAUAUUUUAUUUUAUUUUAUUUUUUUUAUUUUUUGCCAUUUCUUCUCCCGAAAAAUGAAACUUUGGACAUCACCCUGGGUGUCUUGCCUGGUGAUUCUCAUCUUGUGUUUUGGAUCAGAGUGCGGGAUAGUCCGGAAAAAGGGGAGAUCCAAGAGGGAGUUGGUGCGCAUUAGGGAGGCGAAAGCCACCAUCCCAGGGGCUUGUGCCACACGUCUGCCCCGGGGCAAACGCUCUUUGCCCGGCUUGGAGCGACGGGUGCUUCGGCAGCGCCGGCGCUCCUCUCAAGCGGAGGGAAACUCACCAGACCGAGGGAAAGCUGUCUAUUUUACCGGCAGGGGAGAUCAGCUACGGCUGAAGCCUGGCGUGGAGAUACCCAGAGGCAAUUUCACUGUGGAGAUGUGGAUCAAACCGGAGGGAGGUCAACGAUCGCCUACAGUGAUCGCAGGCCUUUACGACAAAUGCUUUUAUGCCUCCAGUGACCGAGGCUGGCUGCUUGGCAUCCAGGCGGAUAGUGAAUACGGCGACCGCGAUCCCCGCUUCUUCUUCUCCCUUAAAACUGACCGUGCCCACAAAGUGACCUCAAUGCGCUCCAACGCUCGUUAUAUACCAAACCAAUGGGCACAUAUUGCAAUCACCUAUGAUGGCGUGUACAUGAAGCUCUUCGUCAAUGGAGCCCAGGUCGCCGUUAGUCGAGAGCAAUCCGGCGAUGUCUUCAGCCAUUUGACCCAAAAGUGCAAAGUGCUGAUGAUUGGGGGCAAUGCACUCAAUCAUAAUUACAGGGGGGCAGUGGAAAGGGUGAGUCUAUGGAGGGAGGCCCGAGGGCAGAGGCAUAUCAUCAGGGAUAUGCAAGGCCAAGAGGACCCCCAAGAUCUACCUAAGCUGAUAAUUCGUGAAACAUUUGAGCACCCAGGUCGUAAGUGGCUGACUGUAAAAGAUGGUAGUUUUCCUCAGCCUGAGCACAGAGGAGGUGCGAGGUCAGGGUUUGUGAAUGGUGGUGGAAAUGGAAAUGCUGAGGGAUUCCUGGACACAAGCUUGGAACCUCCAACUUGUGGUCAAACUGUCUGUGACAACGUUGAGGUCAUUCGAAACUACAACCAACUUUGGACCUUCCGCCGACCAAAGAAAGUUCGAUAUCGUGUUGUAAAUAUUUGGGAUGAUGCAAGGACAAGGCCAACUGUGUCAGACCACCAGAUCAUUCUGCAGCAUCAGCAGCUUAAUGACGCCUUCAGCCCCUAUAACAUAACCUGGGAGCUUAGCAUUCACAACGUGACCAACUCUUCUCUACGCAACCGCCUGAUCUUAGCUAACUGUGACAUCAGCAAAAUUGGCGAUGAUCAGUGUGACCUAGAAUGCAACCAUCCGCUAACAGGAUUUGAUGCAGGCGACUGCAUAUCUAGAUAUCGAAACAGCUGCCCUGAACACAAGCAGGGUAAUGGUAUAUGUGACCCUGAGUGUAACUGGGAAAACUUCUUCUAUGAUCUUGGCGACUGCUGCAACCCCAAUGUGACAGACGUGACCAAGACAUGCUUCAACCGUUCCUCUCCACACAAAGCCUAUUUGGAUAUGAAAGAGAUCAAAGAGAUUUUGCAGUUGGAUGGCUCAACUCACCUGAAUGUUUUCUUUGCCAAUUCUUCUGAUGAAGAUCUGGCAGGGGUUGCCACAUGGCCCUGGGACAAAGAAGCCCUCACACACUUGGGUGGAAUUGUGCUGAAUCCUUCCUUCUACGGCACAUUUGGUCACACUGACACAAUGGUCCAUGAGAUUGGUCAUAGCCUCGGCCUUUACCACGUGUUUCGAGGUGUGUCCGAGACUGAAUCAUGCAAUGAUGCGUGCUUGGAGACUGAGCCCUCAAUGGAGACUGGGGACUUGUGUGCAGACACCAAACCCACUUCCAAAUACAAAGGCUGCAGCGAUCCUGAACCAGGCAAUGAUACUUGUGGCAUCCGUCAUUUCACGCAUACACCGUUUAACAAUUACAUGAGUUAUGCAGAUGAUGCUUGUACAGACUCUUUCACAAUGAACCAGGUGGCUAGGAUGCACUGCUACCUGGACCUCAUCUAUCAGACCUGGCAGCCUGCUUCCAAACCUCCUCUGGUGCCAAUGGCUCCUCAGGUGGUUGAGCAGCAUCAUAAUUCCAUCACCCUGGAAUGGUUUCCACCAAUUUCCGGACAGUUUUAUGACAGAGAAGUGGGAUCAGUGUGUGACAAAUGCACUGAAGGGAGAGUCCUACUACAGUAUGCAUCAAACUCGUCUUCUCCACGACCAUGUGAUCCAUCUGGUCACUGGUCCCCUCGAGAGGCUGAAGGUACAGUACAGUACUUUAUACUUGACUUCUUUUUGACACUGAAUUUUCCCAGUCUAGUCUGGCUUUUGCUGUGGAAGUGUAACACAUCUUUGUUACAUCAAAGAAACACAUCUUUGAUGUCAUUCAGACAUCUGUCACUUUCUUACUGUGUUUUUUCUCACUCUUUGUGCAGGGAUGUGAUACCACAUGCUACGUAUACUUACCAGGUCCAAACAAUCUCCAGGCAAAGUGAGAGUGAGCCAUCUCCACCUUUGGUGCAUCAACUCGGGGCACCCUAUUGUGGUGAUGGUCGCAUCCAAAGUUCCAAAGGAGAGGAAUGUGACGAUAUGAACUCUAUGAAUGGGGAUGGCUGUUCUAGUCAGUGCAAGAAAGAGCCAUUCUUCAAUUGUGUUGAGGAGCCAAGCAUGUGCUACUACUAUGACGGUGAUGGGGUAUGCGAGGAUUUUGAGCGAGAGACAGGUGUGAGAGACUGUGGCCUCUAUACCCCCAGUGGUUUCCUGGACCAGUGGGCUUCCUCUAUUGAAGUUUCCCAUGAAGAAAAGCCCUAUUGUUCUGGUGAAGUUGCUGCUGGAUAUCCCGCUGUGACUAAGACAUGUCAAUCCAAGGUGUUUGAUCUAUCUGAUGGAGUGUCGCAGUACGCAUGGUUCCCCUGUCGAGUGGCUGAUUCAGCCUGGGGAUAUUAUACAUACUGGCUCAAGGCCCACUUUUCUCAUCCCAUGGUGGCAGCAGCAGUAAUUAUACACUUGGCUGCUGAUGGUACUGGCUUCAUUGAUCAGACACAAUGUAAUAUUACUGUUCAACUGGUGGACACCAAAGAGGGGAUCCAUAGCCUAGGUGAGUGGCGUCUAAGCUGUCGCACAAACCCUUUGGUCAUCCCAGUGAGUCAUGACCUGUCAGUGGCCUUUUACCACACCAAGGCUAUCCUGGUGAUGUUUUCCUCUCACCUUGUGGCCAUCUCCGGUGUAGCCCUGCGUUCCUUCCAGUCUUUUGACCCCAUCACAAUAAGUGGCUGCCAAAGCAAUGAGAUCUACAACCCCACAGGACAGAGUUGUGUACAUUAUUCGUGUGAGGCCAUUGACUGCCAGGAACCCCGGAUCCGCAAUGCAGAGCAGUGCAGUAGCCCUGGCCACCACUUCUACAAUGGAGACCGCUGCACCAUCUCCUGCAACUCUGGAUAUGUCCUGCAAGUCCACCAGGACGAUGACAUCAUCAAGAGUCAGUCAGAGACUUCAGUGACAAUAACUUGUGCUAAUGGGAAGUGGAACAAACAGGUAUCAUGCGAGCCUGUGGACUGUGGUUUACCAGACAAGUAUCAUGUUCAUCCUGCCAUUUUCAACUUUCCAGAGGGCACUACCUAUGGCAAAAAAAGCACAUUUCAGUGUCGAGAACCUGCUCAGCUAAUGGGUACAAACAACACGCUUACCUGCCUCGAGGAUGGUCUAUGGUCCUUCCCAGAGGCUCUAUGUGAGCUUCGUUGCCCAGCCCCUCCUCUUGUACCCAAUGCUGUGCUGCAGACAAAACGUUGCCAGCAGUCAGACUUAAAAGUUGGCACACUCUGCAAGUACAAGUGCAGGCCAGGCUACCAUGUUACCAAUAAACCCAAGCGGCGUGCAUUCAAACGCCAGUGCACAGAAGACGGCACCUGGCUCGAGGGAUCUUGCGAGCCCGUGACUUGUGAUCCUCCACCUCCGAUCUUCCAUGGCUCCUAUAACUGUACCAAUGGGUUUCGUUUUGACAGUACCUGCACUCUAAACUGCUCUGACCCUGCUGGUAAUACUGCUAUCGCCGGCACAGGACGCUCUGCCCAUACGGGCAAAGGGUCCAAUGAGAUCCGCUGUCGAAAAGAUGGAAAUUGGACAGGGUCGUUCCGCCUGUGCCCACACAGCCAAGGCCAGUGUUCUUUACCUCAAAACCUCCAUUAUAGCCUGCAAUACUCAUGCAAACGAGGACACGGCAUAGGUGAGGAGUGUGAGCUGACAUGUAGAGAGGGGAACAACGAUGUUGUGAUCCUCCCUCACAAUAUGACCAUAGGAAAAGUAAUGAAGGAGCACUGGAGAAAUCCACCUAAGUUGAAGAGUAUUAUCUGUACAAUGGGGCUGAAAUGGUAUCCACACCCAGAAUUCCUCCACUGCAUCAAAGGAUGUGAGCCAUUCAUGGGAGACAACUACUGUGACUCAGUAAACAACAGAGCCUUCUGUAACUACGAUGGAGGAGACUGCUGCCAAUCGACUGUCAAGACUAAAAAGGUGAUUCCAUUCCCAAUGUCCUGUGACUUACGAGAUGAGUGUUCCUGUCGGGAUCCCAAUGCUGUAGAGAACAGAAAGGAUGAGCAUGUCCACUACCUGGGGUGACCAACCUUAGCAAGGACCCUUUGUUCAACAACCUAGGACCCUUUCCCCAACACCACAUAGCCAAAGUGGCUGAGGCAGACUCUCCUUCAUCCUCUUCUUGGCCUUCGAUUUCCUGCACAUGCUGCUUACAAGGCAUACCUCUCCAUCCAUCCAUACUGCAACCCCAACCUGCUGAAAUGCCUCCAUCUCUCCACAACCGAAAGAUACAGAAAAGAAGAUGGGACUCCAUAAUACCUUCAUUUUUCAGCUUAAAGGAAAGUAACCCCUGCAAUACAUUAAAUCAUUAAAGUACACAUUAAGCAAAGCAAGAAAAAAAACACGAAAUAAAAUGAAUUACAUGAAGCAGACAUUUUUGAAAAAAAAAAAGAGAAAACAAAACAAAACAAAACAAAAAAAAAGAACAACAACAACAACAACAACAACAUAACCAAGCCUAGGUAGCAUGCCUUUUGUUGAGUUUUGUGCUGGCUUUAGUGUCUAUUUUAGUGACCUUACUCUACAAUCAAGUGAUUGAAGGUAUAUCAAAAUGCAUACGUGAAGGAUAGCAUUGAUUGUGUUUUGGAAAUAUGAAGGAAGUUAAGACAAAUGUUAAAAAUAAUCCUCACACACUCUGAAAGCUUGUUCAACUUUUUUUUUGGAGGGGCUAGAAGUUGGUGCUGGUCAGAUAUUCUAUAUCUGUGUGUCACCAUAAGUAAAGUGUGUUUCUUCACUGGCACAUCAGAGGCUUCAGGUUAUUUCGAUCUUGGUGGGGAAUAAGAGAGCCAUGUUAAUUUGGAAGUCGCAGAUUCAACACACUCACAAAAACCCAAAAUAUAAAGGCGCACACAAACCACAGCUAGCCACAGAAACAGUUUCCGAAGACGAUUUCAUAAGUAUAGAGCAAAAUCCCAAAAGCAUAGUGAAAACAUUUUAGGGCUUUCACCACUGCCCAUCUUCACAUAAUAACAUUUAACUGGGUUAGACAGCUUUGUCUUCCUUGUUGCUUAAAGUACCUCCUCACAGCAUUCAUUCACACUUGUAUGUUUGCUCAUAAUACAUUUGCUCACAUUAACAUAGACUGCAUUAGAACACAUGUUGACAACACCACAUAUAAAAUGCACUAAGAACUUUAAAAGAAAUCCAGAACCUCAAUUGUCCUCGCGUCUUUCACCUAGUACCCCACCCCCCCCCCCCCCCCCC